CACCAAGGCGAACGUCGAUAUAGCCGUACCACCACGCGAAGAGUCAUAUCCAUGACAGAGGCCCAGACUUAUAAGUAGAUUGUUGACACAGAAUACAACGAACCUAAAAAGAUAUUUACAUAUCUGUCAGCCAACGAUGAUCGAGCAGUCCGUGUCAGCCACUGAGCUUGAUACAUAAAAAAGCUUGUUCUUCACGUUCUCCGACCCAAUCCAUUUUUGUUCUUCGACUUCAACUUCUUCUCUUACACUCGUUGCUUGCAUCUGCUACCCCACAUUCGUUCAUAAUGCGCUCCCUUUCAAUGCUCGCUCUCGUGCUCCCUGCCGUGCUCGCAGUGCCUCUUGAAGUUACCACUCAUCACCAAUAUUCACCUUCCUCCUGUGUCAUCGCAGACGUCACUUAUCCAGACCCUCGGCACGCCCUCGUGCUCCUUGGCAGACGAGAACUCAACCCUCCCGCCGGACUAUCCGAGCGCACUUUCAUCGACCUCCUAGUCUGGUGCCACGAGUUUGGUCGUUCAUACUCUGGUAUACUUGCUGCUCGUAAGGAAGAUGGCUGCUCCUCUGGAGCUUUCGGCGGUCCAGCAGGGAGUGAUAGCAUGGCUGGUACAACCAAUCCAGGAGGCCCUCCGCAGAAUUCUUCAGCGUCAGGUGAUCAGAACACAGGCUCUUCCGCUGCUGGGUCUUCGACGACCCCUGCAGCUUUUACACCUGCCGUUUCACCUGCCAACUCUGUCGCUCGUCCUGCAUCUCCGGGGGAUACACCUUCAGAGACACCUGGAGGUGCAACUGGGUCCACGACAUCUGGAACUUCAACCGAUGGUCCCGCCAACAGCAACGCUUCCAACGGAACUCCUGCCAACCCUGCGGGAAGCAGUCCCUCUGGAAACGCAGCUGCAACCACCGGUCCUGCGGAUAGCAACGCAUCUGACAACGGGAGUGCACCUGCGACACCACAGUCCGACCCACCUCCACCUACCACUCCCUCCACUGCGGCAUCUCCGAUCCUAGUUGUCGACGGCACCAGCCCUGUCGCGGACAUCAACGCGUCGGACAGCCUUAAUAGCACACAGGCGAGCGGAAUAGCAGCGUCAUCCACACCCUCAGGUGCAACAUCCCAGACUACCCCAGAUGGUACCGCCAACGGUGGCACGACGCCCCAGACUGCUCCCAAUGGCACCUGUCAACGGUGGUACGACGCCCCAGACCGUCCCAGAUGCUACUAUCAACGGUGGUACGACGCCCCAGACUGUUCCAGAUGCUACUAUCAACGGUGGUACAACGCCCCAGACUGCUCCCAAUGGCAUUGUCAACGGUGGUACGACGUCCCAGACCGUCCCAGAUGCUACUAUCAACGGUGGUACGACGCCACAGACCGUCCCAGAUGCUACUAUCAACGGCGGUACGACGCCACAGGCUGCUCCGGAUGGUACGGCCGCUCCUACCAGCCCAACGGCGUCUACCCCUGGAACAGCGGCCGAUCCCCCUAUUACUGGAACGGGUUGCCCAUCUAAUAUUCUGGACGUUACGGGCGUUGUUUCUGUGAGCGUGGGCAGCGCAGCGACUUGUGAUAGCGUAUAAGUUCCUGUAGCAUUGUAAUGCAGAUGUGUUUCUUGCCACUACUACCGCCAAUAAGGGGGUGUCCCUAAAUGGCAGUCAUGCAAAACA